AUGGCGCUUCUGGGACUUCUAGCUCUCGCAGCAUUCUUGGGAGUAGUGGCAAAGAGCGUUUACAAUGCCUUCCUACACCCACUCAGCCGCUACCCCGGUCCGAAGCUCGCCGGUGUGACGAGGGCGUAUUAUCUGUUCUUUGACGUUCGCGGGGUAAGCCACUGGAAGGUCAAAGAGUGGCACGAGAAGUACGGAGAAGUGAUUCGUAUCGCCCCCGGCGAGCUGUCUUACACUUCUGGUCAGGCUUGGCAAACGAUAUAUGGCUUCCCCAAUAAGGAGGGCACAGGUAACUUUGAGAAAGAUGCUCAGUGGUGGAACAAGAAUGUCAACGGCGUCGAGAAUAUUCUCACAGCCGACGAUGCCGGCCACAAGCGUAUGCGCAGGCUCCAGAAUCCUGCCUUUUCGGACAAGGCCCUCAAGGCUCAAGAGUCCGUCAUCACCGGCUAUGUCAAGCUUCUCAUCCAUAAGCUCCACGGGCAGGCGUCCAGUGGGAGCGCAGAGUCCGCGGCUGUCGUGGACAUGAACUCCUGGUACAACUUUACCACCUUUGACAUUAUUGGUGACUUAGCCUUUGGCGAGCCAUUCUAUUGUCUGCGCGAUGCUAAGUGGCACUGGUGGCUGCAUGCUGUCUUUGAUAUCUUCCAGGCUGGGACCUACCUUCGUGCUGCUCGUCGAUUCCCGUCACCGCUGUCUGAGAUGCUUCUGCUUCUCAUUCCCCGCCGCCUCAUCAAGACGAGAGUGGCCCAGUUCCAGUUUGGUGUUGAGCGUGUGAACCGCCGUCUUGAGCAAGAGACUGAUCGUCCCGACUUCAGUAGGCUCACAUCUGCUAACUUCAAUCAAGGCAGGUUGCUAACGGGAUCCAUAGUGUACUACAUCUUGCAAGGGAGCGAUGAUAAGGGCAUGUCAACCGAGGAGAUCUAUGCCGCUGCCCAGGUCCUUAUCGUCGCCGGCAGUGAGACUACAGCGACAGGUCUGACCGCAGCCACCUAUCUCCUCUGCGAGAACCCGCAAACACUGGCCAAACUCACUUCAGAGAUCCGUAACACUUUUGAGAACGAAGACGACAUUACCAUCCAGAGCACAGCUGGACUGAGCUACCUCAACGCUGCCAUCGAAGAGGCCCUUCGACUGGGACCUCCCGGCCCUGGAACAUUUCCUCGCGUGGUCCCUGAUGGCGGAAGAAUGGUCUGUGGACAGUUCGUCCCUGCCGGGUACUCAGUCGGCGUUCACCACCUGGCCAUCAACCGAUCGCCGAUUCACUUCAGUAAGCACGAUGAGUUUCAUCCCGAGAGAUGGCUCGGGGACCAGAAGUUUGAGUCGGACCAGAAGUUAGCAGCCCAGCCAUUCUCAUUCGGGCCAAGGAACUGUAUUGGAAAGAAUCUGGCUUAUGCCGAGAUCCGGACAAUCAUUGCCCGCGUUGUGUGGAACUUUGACAUGAAGUUACACGCUGAUAGUGCAGGCUGGUUAGGGAGGCAAAAGAUGUUUACUACCUGGCACAAGACAGAGAUGAAGGUGUAUCUUUCCGCACGGGCAAAGUCACCAUAA